CGUAACUAAACGAUAUAAAUCGCAUAGAAGAAUCUAACCUUUCGCGACAUUAUAUAUUCAAAUACAUAUGUUGAUUGUUCGAAAUAUUUAGAAUAUUUGUGAUAGAAGCAAAGAAAACAUGGAUUCUUGGAUAGAUCAAGAUCUGUAUGAAUUAAUUGGCGUAACAAAUACAGCGACGAUCCAGGAGAUCAAAAGAGGGUACCGCAAGAAAGCUUUGUCUUGCCAUCCUGACAAAAAUCCAGACAAUCCGAAAGCAACAGAGUUAUUUCAUGAUUUAUCACGAGCAUUAGAGAUCCUUACAGAUGUAUCUGCUCGGGCAGCUUAUGACAAAGUUAUUAAUGCCAAGUCUCAAGCAAAGAUAAGAGCUAAAGAGUUUGAUGCAAAACGUAGAAAAUUGAAGGAAGAUUUAGAAGCACGAGAAGAUGCUUAUCAACGAUCUUUAAACAAAAAAAGUUCCACAAACAGUGAUAAAGAUAAAUUACAAGCUGAAAUAGAACGUUUACAAAAAGAAGGGUCUAAGCAGGUAGAAGAAGAAAUAGCACGUAUGAAAAGAAAAAUUAAACAAGAAUCAAAGGGAUCGUGCAAAGCAACUGACACUGACAGUAGUUCUUACAAAAUUAAAAUAAAAUGGAAGUCUAAUAAAAAUGAUAUAGGUGACAAUGUAUAUGACUAUGAUACAUUACAUAGAAUUUUUUCAAAGUAUGGCGACAUAGUAACCCUGAUCUAUUCAUCUACAAGAAAAGGCAGGGCAUUAGUGGAAUAUCAAGACAGAGACGAUGCGGAAAUGGCCUUAAAUUUAGAAGUUGGUUUUACACAAAAUCCAUUGAAACUUCAAAAGUUGUGGAACACAAUGAAACAAUCGAAUUUCAGCGAGGAUGAAUCGGCUCACGGUACGAAUUGUCAUGAGCGCACAUCGUGUACAAUCAAUAAUGUGACAGAGAACAAGAUAAAUCAAAGCGAAUUGUCCGAUGCAGAAUUCGAGCGUAUCGUUUUGAGUAAUUUAAGAAAAGCCCAAGAAGAAAAGAGGCAUUCGGAAAUGUUGAAUUCAAAGGAAGGAACUUGA